AUGUCAAUCACCUUGGCCUACACCCUCGACCCGCCAGCGGGCAUUACCGCCCCCGCCCCACCCAAGGACGAGCACAGUUUCGCCAUUUCUCCUGGUGCCGGCCGAUCCAAUACGGAAGCCUAUUACGCUGCCGCGUCAACCGCUCUCAAGUCGGCGCAAGUGCAGGCCAACGAGGUCUUCACGGCGUGGAAGGACGCCGUGGGGGAUGCCGAGAAGCAUAAAGAGAACGUCGGCAAUGUCGGCAAGGGACAGGGCAAGGCUGCGCAAAUAUACAUGGCCCGAUAG